AUGUCUGUGACUGGUCGGUUGUCUGCUCUUGAUGGAGAUCUUCUUUCUACUGAUGACGCCACUGAGUAUCGCAGUCUUGUUGGCGGUCUGCAAUAUCUCACUAUCACCAGGCCUGAUGUCUCUUAUGCAGUCAACCGUGUGUGCCAGUACCUUCAUGCACCUCGUACCACUCAUUUCUCGGCAGUUAAGCGCAUUCUGCGGUAUGUCUCUUCCACUGCCUUGUAUGGUCUGCUUCUUCAGUCUGCACCGUCUUGUGAACUUUCGGCUUUCUCUGAUGCGGAUUGGGCUGGAAGUCCUGAUGAUCGGCGAUCCACAGGGGGAUAUGCAGUGUUCUUUGGUCCUAACUUGAUCGCCUGGAAUGCUCGCAAGCAAGCCACCGUGUCUCGUAGCAGUACUGAAGCUGAGUAUAAAGCAGUUGCUGAUGCCACCGCUGAGAUCAUAUGGGCUAUAGUUAAGAUUGAGGAAGGGUGUUAG